AUGGAGGAGGCUGAGACACAAGAGGAGGAAGAAGAAAUUCCUAUGUACCAAGAGCACUACAACGCUCUCUUCUCCAUGGACUUUGUGGAGACCAAGUACCCACAUGAUGACACCAUGAGGGACCUUGGGAUCUUUGAGGAUGUGGAGUUGGUACUCAAGAACAUGCAACUGGGGAAGUUUUUCUCUCAUCGCAUGGAGUCUUACAAGGAGCUGACUUGUGAGUUUUUGGCAUCAAUGAGGUAUCACCAAUUUGAUGAGAUCGAUCGAGCUGAUGUGGACCAAGGCUGGGGGUACAUAAAUUUCUUGGCAAGGGGAGAGAAGAAGAUGGUGACCUUUAGGCAGCUUGAGAUACUGUUUGGGUUCAAUAUGGAGAAGAAAAUCUGUGGAACAUCAAGGAAAAUGAGCUCCAAGGAGUUUGGGCUACAAUCGCUGAUGGAGUGUACUCUUCUUCAAGGUCUAAGGCUGCUCAAAUCAGGAGUCCUGUGCUGA